CGUUCAUCGCGUCAUUAAUGUUAGCGUCCAUGAAGCGGUGUGUAGACUAUCAUAACAUGUCCCAACAAUCACUCCAUUUUCCUUUGUGAUACUUAGAUAUCAGAAGAUGAACAUCCAACGCCUUGGCUCCAUGAGCUGUCUAUUCCUCCACGAAUUGACUCUUGGCGGAAGCUAUUGAGGGAGCGGCGUCGGCGCGUCAGGCACCUGGAUGAGAAAGCCAGAACAUUUCCCAUCGCCUUCUGUCGUCACACCUUUGUCUUGAGACGUGCUGAGUAACUGAUCAAGGGUCGUAGUUGGUCGUAGUAAGCAGAGACCAAUUCCGUUACCAGAAACGUAGCUAUAACGUCAGAUGGCAAUGAUUCUACGGCAGAAAACAUUCGCAGUGGUGCUUGCUCGUAUGAUGAGGACCGCAUCAGUCAUACCUUCUCAGGACCUUCAAGCAGCUGCAGCGAAUGCCAGAACUCUGAGCUAUUUGCUGAAUCAUCCGCCACCUCGACCACGUCGCUUUGAUAUGUUCGACCACAUGUGCUGAUUCAGGGGCACCCCCAAUCGAAGUCCUUCUCCAGUAUAUAAGCCGCAUCGAGGAUGGGAUGCCCAGCACACCCCCCAACAACCACUUGACCACUCGCAGGCCCAUCUUUCUUAGACAUGUCUCUUCCCAAGACCAUUCGUGAAUACCGUUCGAACGGCGAAGGCUACCAGAACCUGAUGCUUGUCGAGUCCCUUCUCGAGCUUCCCAAGUCAACAGAAGUGCUCGUAAAGAUCCAUGCUGUAUCCUUGCAGUAUCGUGAUCUCUUAGUCGCUAGUGGGCAUUACCGCGGUAUCAAGCCCAACGUCGUCGUUGGCUCCGAUAUGGCAGGCAAGAUCGUGAUUGCGGGCGCAGAAGUCAAGGGCUGGAAGGCUGGCGAUCGCGUCUGCGCGAACUUCUCGCUCGACCAUCUCGACGGCGACACCACUGCGGAGAUCUUCGCUACGAGUCUCGGUGGCCCCGUUGAUGGAGUGCUGAGGGAAUACAUGAACGUUCCCUCGCAUUCGCUGGUACACAUCCCGGAACACCUCUCGUACGAGGAGGGAUCGACGCUUCCCUGCGCAGCGCUGACGGCAUACAACGCUCUCAAUGGGCCCAAGCCCAUCAAAGGAGGCGACACCGUCCUUAUCCUUGGCACUGGCGGUGUUUCCAUUUUCGGUCUUCAGAUCGCCCUCGCCUCGGGCGCAGAGGUCAUCGUGACUUCUUCGUCUGACGAGAAGCUGAAGGUAGCUCAACAAAUUGGAGCGCACCAUAUCAUCAACUAUACAACGACCCCAAACUGGGAUCAAGAGGUGUUAAAGAUUACUGGCGGCCGCGGCGUCGACCAUACCAUCGAAGUCGGUGGCCCCGGGACUAUCACAAAAUCAUCCAAUGCGACGCGGAUGGUUGGAUAUAUCCACGUCGUAGGCCGUGUUGCGGAGGGCGACAGCGGGGUAUCCACCCUUGAAAUAACCAAGAAAGCGCAUAUUUAUCGCGGCGUCCUAAUUGGCUCGGUGGCACAGUUCAACGCCAUGAACCGUUUGUUCAAGGCGAGGAACAUCAAACCAGUCAUAGACAAGGUCUUCUCGUUUGAACAGGCCAUUGACGCGUAUGCGCAUCUUGAGUCUCAGAAGCACGUCGGGAAGGUUGUGAUCAAGGUCUCAAAAGUCUGAUCCGCUCAUCCAGCGGGAAGAGAGGAUCUAGACGAAGACGAUCACUUCUGAAUUUUGUAACCUAUAGCCUGGACAAGAAAUGACGAAGGUGUUGAAACCAUCUAACCCCC